AUUUGUUUUUGUUUUUUUUCCAGAUACACCAUGCCAAUCAAGACCAUUCAUGCCCGUCAAAUUUUCGAUUCUCGCGGUAACCCAACCGUCGAAGUCGAUUUGACCACCGAAUUGGGUCUUUUCCGCGCCGCCGUGCCUUCCGGUGCCUCCACUGGUGUCCACGAAGCCUUGGAAUUGCGUGACAAUGACAAGAAGAACUAUCACGGCAAGAGUGUGUUGCAAGCCGUUGGCCAUGUCAAUAACACCUUGGGUCCCGAACUCAUCAAGGCCAAUUUGGAAGUCACCGACCAAGAGGCCAUCGAUAACUUCAUGUUGAAAUUGGACGGUACUGAGAACAAGUCCAAGUUCGGUGCCAACGCUAUUUUGGGUAUCUCUUUGGCUGUCUGCAAGGCUGGUGCCGCCAAGAAGGGUGUCCCCCUCUACAAGCACAUUGCCGAUUUGGCCGGCAACAAGGACAUCAUCUUGCCCGUGCCCGCCUUCAAUGUCAUCAACGGCGGUAGCCAUGCUGGCAACAAAUUGGCCAUGCAAGAAUUCAUGAUCUUGCCAACUGGCGCUGCCAGCUUCACUGAUGCCAUGAAAAUCGGCUCCGAAGUCUACCACCACUUGAAGAAGGUCAUCAAGGACAAGUUCGGUUUGGAUGCCACCGCUGUCGGUGAUGAGGGUGGUUUCGCUCCCAACAUUCAAUCCAACAAGGAAGCCUUGAACCUCAUCAACGAUGCCAUUGCCUUGGGCGGUUACACCGGCAAGGUUGAAAUCGGCAUGGACGUUGCUGCCUCCGAGUUCUUCAAGGAUGGCGUCUACGAUUUGGACUUCAAGAACCCCAACAGCGACAAGGCCCAAUGGUUGGCCCCCGCCAAGUUGACCGACUUGUACCAAGAAUUCAUCAAGGAGUUCCCCAUUGUCUCCAUUGAGGAUCCCUUCGAUCAGGAUCACUGGGAUGCCUGGAGCAACAUCACCGCCAACACCAGCAUUCAAAUCGUCGGUGAUGACUUGACCGUGACCAACCCCAAGCGUAUCCAAACUGCCGUCGAAAAGAAGGCCUGCAACUGCUUGUUGUUGAAGGUCAACCAGAUCGGUACCGUCACCGAAUCCAUCAAGGCCCAUUUGUUGGCCAAGCAAAACGGCUGGGGCACCAUGGUCUCUCAUCGUUCCGGUGAAACCGAGGAUUCCUUCAUUGCUGAUUUGGUUGUUGGUUUGUCCACUGGUCAAAUUAAGACUGGUGCUCCUUGCCGCUCGGAACGUUUGGCCAAGUACAAUCAAAUUCUCCGCAUCGAAGAGGAAUUGGGAGCUGCUGCCAAAUUCGCUGGCAAAUCUUUCAGAAAACCCCAAUAAAUUUGUGAGGAGUAGUUAGU